AUCCUUCUCGUCAACAGAUAUUUUCGAUUUCUGAUAGAAGCUUUUAUCUAAGCCCAAAGGAGAAAGACGCGAAAUAGUGAACAAGGAAGCGAUUCGUCUGCGUACAAAGGUUUUGUUGAUUCUGGGACCAAAGAUGGCAGUGUACGAUCGUAGUGGAGAGAUCAAUAAAACUGAAUUUGAUACAACCAAGAAAAGGAAAUCGAGAAGUAGGCGCGAUGGUACUACCGUGGCUGAUAGGAUCAAGAUGUGGAAAGAGUAUAACGACACUGUAGAAGAGAGUCCCAGCAAGAAACGGAGAGUGCCUGCGAAAGGGUCGAAGAAAGGGUGUAUGAAAGGCAAAGGAGGACCUGAGAAUGGUGGGUGUAGUUUCAGGGGAGUUAGGCAGAGGACUUGGGGUAAAUGGGUCGCUGAGAUUAGAGAGCCGAACCGAGGGAGCAGGCUUUGGCUUGGCACUUUCCCUACAGCUGAGAAAGCUGCGGCUGCUUACGAUGAGGCGGCUAAGGCUAUGUAUGGUCCGCUUGCUCGUGUUAAUUUUCCUCAGUCUUCUUCUGUUUCGGAUGUGGCAAGUACUUCGAGUCGGUCUGAGGUUUGUACGGUUGAGCCUCCUGGAGUUGUUCGUGUGAAGACAGAGGAUGUGGAUUGCGAAUCCAGACCCUUCUUCGUUGAUCGUGUAGAGAGUGACGCCAAUGCGGGUGAAGAAGAGAUGAAGGUAGAUGCCACUGGAGAUAUUCAAGGCAAGGAUUGGUUAAGCGAGUUGGAACAGGAGUGCUGGACCGGACUUCUGGAGGAGAAGCAGAAACUGAAGGAACAAGAGAUAGUUGCGGCAGGGAACUUUCAGAGACAGCCGGACUCGCUCUCUGUUUCGGAUUACGGUUGGCCUGCGGAUCUGUAUCAGAAUCAGUGGGACUCUUCGGAGAUGUUUGAUGUUUCUGAGCUUCUUGGGGACUUGAAUGGGGACAUUUUUACUGGCUCGAACCAGAACCAAUGCCUGGGAGACGAUGUCGGAGGAGGUUUACCUGAACCUGAGAAGCAACAGCUGCAAAGCCUUGGCUCAGACUACGGAUUUCCCUCGCUGCAGCACGAGGCAAAAGAUGGUAGUGACUUCUUCGAUCUGAGUUUCUUGAAUGCGAAGAACUGAGACAGUGGGGGUGCAGUUGGAUGUCUUUGGAUUCGUUUGAUUUGGCUUUUAUCCCAUGAGACUCUUAUCUAAGUUUUUAGUGAUAUAGAGACCCUCACAAGACUGAUAACUCCUCGCAUAAAAAAAGAGAACUGUAUAUACUGUGAGAUAAUGUUACAUACUGUAAUAAAGAAGAAAUUAUAGCGUU